UUGAAUCUCGCGCCACGUGAUCAGGGUACGAAGGAUUGUUUACAAACUGUAGCAAGUGUGCCAACAGCACUCGUACCUGAGCACCGAGUUAAAUAUAUAAAAUGAAUAGCCCCAGAGAAAAUGGUUCUGAGUACCUCGUAGGCAAGUGCAUGGGAAUGUGCCCCAAUGCAGAGAUGCGGCUACGACAGAGAGAAAGGUUAAUCCAUCCGUUGGAGAUGGCAGUCGGGGAGAAUGGCCAAAGAACGAAUGUCGCGCAGGCAAGGUUCAUGGUCAAGGAAUAUUCAAGAUCAGCAGCAGGACAUGAGACCAAAGCCUCAGACAUCAGACCGCAGCCUGUGCUCGUGAAGACACUAAGAUAUUUGCUUUCAAAUGCUUGUAAUCAUACUGAUGUCCGCUGGGCCAAAGUUUAUCAGUUUAUAAGCGAUCGUCUGCAGGCGAUACAGCAGGACAUGUGUAUGCAGAGCCUCUGCAAUUUUCAGGCAGUUCGGAUCCAUCAGGCUGCUGUUAGAUUUUUCAUGUAUGCACACUACAGGACCUGUGAACAUGAUUUGUCAGACUUUGACCCAUAUUUAAACAAAACCCAGUUGAUCAAAACGCUCACAAUCUUGAUAAAUAUGUACAAGGAUCUUGACCUGCAGAGAGAUCCCAAAGAAGAAAUAUCUUCCGUAUAUAAGAAUGCAAGAAUAGAAGCUGAGGGGUUGUACAUGUUAGUUCAUUUUGGAGAUACAAAGGCUCUUCAGCAUUCACUUGAGCUUCCUGAGUAUACUAGGUCAUCAGAGCUAGUUAUGUUGGUUCUGCAAAUGAACUUGUCCUGGUUCAUUGGCAACUAUGUUCGAGUUCUUCGGCUAGCAGCACACUUACCUCCGAUAUUCAUAUGUGCCUUUCAUCCACAUUUGACAGCAGUUCAAAGAAAAGCACUGAAGGUGAUGAGUCAUGCCUACAGUAACAAAAUGCUUGCAUAUGAUAAGGAAGACCUCACCAAAACUUUGAUGUUUGCGCACCCCAAGGACCUAGUUGAAGUGUGCCAGCAUUACAAGAUAGAAGUAGCAGAGAAUGGCAUCAAGUUCAAGAAAGGGUCCUUUGAUGAAGAAGCAGACUUGAUGAAAUCCAGAAGAGUAAGGUGGAUUGAAGACAAGUUAGAUGCUUUAUCACUCCCAGAAUUAUUCCUGCCAGAGGAGCUUGCGCCAUAAGUAAUAUGUACAGUGAAAAUAUGUAUGUAAGAGGAUGAUGUGAAGAUUCACCAUCAUAACAUUUUGAACUUAUCCAUCUCCUUCUUACAAAUGAUUUUGUGCUUUUACCUCAUGUUUUUUAUCUGCACAUUUAGCCUAGGAAUUGACAGCCUUUUCUUUUUUUUUGUGGUGUCAUCAGAUUUUCCUGUUAAUGUAUUUAAAUAACAGCAUGAAUAUGGUGCACACAAUGGGGUCUGGUCCCAGUUAAUGGCUGUGAGAUUAUUAUCUUCGAACAGUACAGGAUUGAUAUUAGUGGCCAUAUCCCUAGUCUUGGAAUGUUCUUGUAUCAAGAAUAACUUUCUGCAAAUCCCAAGGGGCUGUUAGAUAUUGUGUAUCUGUACCUGAAUAUAAAUUUCUGCUAUCCCUUAUGUGGAUUAGCAGCUUUUAAAAAAGUAAGUUAUAUCUGGUAUUUGAUAUUUUAUUUACCUCAUUGAUAGAAUACUACAGAAGAUGUCAUUACUAUUUUAUGUCUUUGUUUUUUUGUUUUUUUUUAUUUAUUGUCAAAAAAAUACCAGUGACAUUAUGUGACUCCUGCCUGAUAUUUGAAUUAAAUGUUUAUCAUGCAUGUAUGUUUGUAUAGUGUCUAAUUCAGUCUAUGAGAUAUCUUUCAUGUGUGUAGAUGUCUGUUUUCAGGGGCAGAGCAAUACAAUUGUAUUUUUGUUUGAAUUGUAUUUAAAUACACUUUUGAAAUAUU